GAGAGCUGCUGCAGGUCUGAGUGGACCUGUGUCUGAGUGUCUCUGCAGCCUCACAGUGAAACAAUCUGCUGCUCUGACUGAUGGAUUAACCUGCAGCUCUGACUUCAUCUACACACAGGCUGAGCAGCAGGACUGAACGAUGACUUUGCGGUGGAUCCUGAAGGUUCUGAUCCUCACUUUGACUCUGUGGAGCCCGGUCAGGUGUCAGAAGAGACGGAGGAAGGGCCAGAGAGAUGACAACCAGAUCAUCAUCAAUCAGGCCAAAACCCUGAUGUGCCCGGUGGAGAUCAUGUUCAUCGUGGACAGCUCAGAGAAAGCCACAUCUCUGGUGUUUGAGCAGCAGAAGGACUUUGUCCUGCGUUUCAGCACCAAGCUGAUGCAGCUGAACUCGGCUGGCUGGCGCCUGCGCCUGCGUCUUGCCGCCCUGCAGUACAGCAGCACUGUGUCUGUCGAGCACAACUUCAGGGACUGGCAGGACGUGGACGUCUUCCAGAGCCGCGUGGCCUCCAUGGCCUUCAUCGGCCACGGCACCUACACCGCCUACGCCAUCACCAACGCCACGCAGGUGUUCAGCCGCGAAACGUCCUCCAACAGCCUGAGGGUGGCGCUGCUCAUGACCGACGGGAUGGACCACCCACGCAGCCCCAGCGCCGUGACGGCUGCUGCUGAGGCAAAGCAGCAGAACAUCGAGGUCUUCACCAUCGGGCUGUCGGAUGUGUCCAGAGAGAUUUGGUUGCUAAACUCCAUGACUACUAAACUCCGAUCCAUUGCCAGCGCCCCCCCACAGCAGCACGUCUUCAGCCUCACACAAAGCAACCUGGACGACAAACUCUAUAACGAACUGAACCUCAUAGUAAGAACUCGGUGCCCACAGACAAAGACGUGUUCAUGUGAGAGGGGAGAGAGGGGUUACCCUGGAUCACCGGGGAAACCAGGCGAGCCGGGGUCCGACGGAGCUCCAGGUCCAAAGGGAUCCCGCGGGGAGGCUGGAAUUAAUGGACGACCAGGAAUGGAGGGCCUCGAGGGUCGACAAGGCAACAGAGGGGAAAAGGGGGAACAGGGGGAAUGUGGUGCCCCGGGUAAAAUGGGAGAACAAGGUGCACUUGGACCUCCUGGUUCUAAAGGCCAAAGAGGAGAGCAGGGAGUCAACGGAGGAUCCGGAGACCAGGGUCCAGAAGGGCCGUCAGGACCCAAAGGUGACCGAGGACCAAGGGGGGCACCUGGACCUGCAGGAGAUAAUGGAGUUGGCUUCCCUGGUUCCAAGGGUGACAAAGGGAACCAAGGAAGACCGGGGCCUCCUGGAUCGAUGGGCAGGGGUGAGCCAGGCGCCCCGGGUCCAGCAGGGCCACAGGGGAUGCAAGGAUCUCCAGGUUUUUCCGGUGAAGGUCUUCCAGGACACAAGGGUGACCGGGGUUACGAGGGUCCUAAAGGAAGCCGUGGACCUCCAGGACUCGGGUACAAAGGUGAAAAGGGAAACACCGGAGCCCAGGGGCUGCCGGGUCUGGUGGGGUUUCCAGGAGCAGGAAUCCAAGGAGAAAAGGGGGAUCAAGGACCAGCUGGGCCUUCUGGUCCCAGAGGACCUCCUGGACUGGGUAUAGUUGGACCAAAGGGGGACCAGGGCUUCCCCGGAGAGUCUGGACCUCAGGGACACAGGGGGGUUGGUGAGCCAGGACCAAAGGGGGAGCCGGGGCCUGACGGGACUUCUGGGAUACCGGGCAUUCCUGGUGAGGACGGAGCUGUGGGGCCAAAGGGGGAGAUGGGGUUGCCAGGACUGCGAGGCCUCGAGGGAGCACCUGGGAAAGGUAUCCCUGGAGAAAAGGGCGACAGAGGUGAUCGUGGGACGAGGGGGCUGUCGGGGUCGCCUGGCCCAGUUGGACCUGCUGGAGCUAAGGGGGAACCCGGCAGCACGGGAAUGAUGGGCCUACCUGGACCUUCUGGGCGUGGCUUACCAGGAUCAAAGGGAGAUCUCGGGCCUGUUGGACUCGCUGGACCUGUAGGAGAACCUGGACUUGGAAUAAUGGGGCCAAAGGGUAAUAAGGGAAAUCUUGGACCUGUCGGGCCACCAGGAAUAAAGGGAGAUAGCUUGCCGGGGCCACAGGGUCUGCCUGGCUUACCAGGAGUGCAAGGAGAGAUGGGACCUGAAGGGAAAGGAUUACCCGGACAUAAGGGUGACAGAGGCUUACCUGGGGUACCAGGUCCAUCAGGUCCUCCUGGAGUUGGACUUUAUGGACCUAAGGGCUCUAUGGGGCAGCCUGGAUCUCCAGGCCUUCCAGGACAUCCAGGAGAGGGCAUCCAAGGACCAAAGGGAGAGCCUGGAUAUCAUGGAAUAGUGGGCCCUAGAGGGGCACCAGGGGAUGGCCAUCCAGGGGAGAAGGGUGAUAGAGGCAUUCCUGGAGACCGAGGGAAGAAAGGAGAGAAGGGGGACCAUGGAGAACCUGGAUCUACAGGACAGAUGGGGAAUCCUGGAGAAAAAGGGGAGCCUGGCCUAACAAGAGAUGAAGUCAUCCGGAUUAUAAAAGAGAUUUGUGGCUGUGGGAUGAGGUGCGGAGAGAGUCCUCUGGAGCUGGUGUUUGUGAUCGACAGCUCUGAGAGCGUGGGACCAGAAAACUUGGAGUUGGCGAAGGACUUUGUGAAUGCUGUCAUCGACCGGAUGUCGGUGAGCAAAGAGGCCACUCGAAUCGGUGUGGUUCUCUACAGCUACGUGGAGAGGGUGGUGGUGAGUCUGCAGCAGCAGUUAAGCCAAGAGGAAGUGAAGGCUGCGGUGAGGAUGAUGCCCUACCUGGGCGAGGGCACCUUCACGGGCAGGGCCAUCCAUCGGGCCCACCAGCUGUUCCAGCACUCGCGGCCCGGUGUGAGGAAAGUGGCCGUGGUUCUGACAGACGGGCAAACGGACCCCAGUGACCAAAUGCAGUUUGAGGAAGCGGCGACAGAGGCCCACGCGGAGGGGAUCAGGAUGUUUGUCAUCGGCGUGAUGAGCAGUACCGCCCAUUUUUAUGAAGAGUUCAAAGCUGAGAUGAAUGCUAUCGCCUCGAAUCCUGAUGAAGAGCACGUGUACCUCAUCGAUGACUUCAGGUCACUUCCCACUGUAGAAAUCCAAAUACUGAGUCAGAUCUGUGAGCAGGAAGACACAAUGCCACGUCUUCCCAACACUGUCUUAAUACCUGUGAAGAAGCGACCGGAUUCUACACAAGGCGGCGUCUCGAUAUCGAUCCUGGGCGAGGAAAUCGAACAAGCUCUGCCUUUCAUCUCAACUGAUGAAGUGACCCCACAGUCUCAAGAGUCCGGGCGGGUCGACGAGAACCUGAUUGACUCGGACGUGUCGGUGGAUCCCUGGAUCCAGCUGCCAGACAGGAAGUUUGUCUCUUCUGGUGGCUUGGGGCAGCAGAGCCCGGGGGUGAGCUCGGUGAUGGGUCCUCAGACUCCGAGCGCCAGACUGUACGAGGCAGAGAGCACGCAGGCUCCAGUCAGCCCUCCUCCUCCUGCUGCUCCCCCUCUGACGGACUCAGCGAGGCCAGAUGAGGGGUGCAGUCAGCCUCUGGACCCCGGUCCCUGUCGUCAGUACGUGAUGAGGUGGUACUACGACCCCGUGGCCAACGCCUGCGCUCAGUUCUGGUUCGGAGGCUGCGAGGGAAACAGGAACAACUUUGAGUCCGAGGCCGACUGCAUGACCUCCUGCGUCUACACGUAACAGAGUGUGUGUGUGUGUGUGUGUGUGGAGGAAAGUGUGUGCAACGCGGCGUCACGGAGGAACAGAGAGGACUGAUGACGAAACAGCGCUCAGGACGGCUGAGGUCACACACUGUGGGCGCAGCCGAGACGAUACAGAGGAGACGGGGACAGGCUGUGGUCACACUGCAGGUGCUUCUGCUCAAUUCUGAACUGCUGCACACAUACUCAUUAGACCUGCACUGUAGGUAUACCUGCAUUAAACACCUGUACAAGCUGACAGGAGCAUCAAAAGGACCAGCUGGAAGAAAAAAAAAAACAUCCACAAUGCUUAUUAUUUCACUUUCACUUUAUUUCUAUUGUGUUUAAGUUGUUCCACUGUUUAGUCCUAAACUCAGUCUCUUUGCGUUAUCUGUGCUCACUGAGACAAACACCUGUGAUCCUAGGAAAAAAGUAUUUCAUUAACCAGUAUGUGUCAAACUGUUUUUAUUAGUAGAUAAAUAAUCCACACGACCAAUAGGAUGUCCCACACACAGCCAAUCUACGUGCUCGGGAGCCGGUCGGUUGCAGGAAUAUACAGUAAAAAACAUUUUUUAAUAAUCUGCCGACCACUCAAAAUAUCUUCACUGAGACGUUUUUUUUGUGAGAGAACAAGUUCCACCUGUAGGUUCCUCCUGUUUGCCCAGCAACUGAGAAAGCUACAGGGGAAGUGCGAUUCUCACAGGAGCGUGUAGAUUGGCUGUGCUUGAGGUACUGACAGUUUUCAGUUGUGUUAGUUAAGUUUCCGUCACUUAAGUGUCACAUUAUUUGGACAGAAAUGUGUAAAUGUAAACGGGGACUGGCGGCACUGCAGAACCAUCUCGCAAGAAACCCUCUCGUUUUCUGUCACUUUGCAUUAUUGUCACAGUUCCCAGUAGAUGUAGAUGCCGCCUGUCGGACUAGCAAAAGCCUCUGAGCUGAUGAAACAUCAGUACAUAGCCUCUCCUAUAGGAGGAGGAGGAGGAGAAGGAGUGUACUGCUGCAUUAGCAAACACAUUUUAUCAGCCAAUUCAUCAUUUAGACCCCAAAACAUGCACACAAAAAAUACAUCCCAGGUGAAAAACUUGAGGAUAGCCCUUUAAUAUGUACGUCUAGAUCAGUGGUUCUCAACUUGCCUAGCGUUAGGACCCACCACCUACGCCUUCAUGAAAAUGCAGUUUGGACCUCAGAUGGUACAAAACAUGUGAUGGAACGAAGCGAUGGAACUAAACCAACAUGUUUGAAGAGCGCUUCAUAGACUUUUUGACACUGUUUUUUUUUCCCAGUCACAGUCACAUUUUCACGACCCGCUGAAAAUGGCUCCGCGACCCACUUUUGGGUCCCGACCCUCCAAUUGAGAACCACUGGUCUAGGUCCUGUCACUUCAAUAACAAGUUGCCAUUUGGAGUAAAUGGAGAUGUGCUGCUGCCUCAUAAGAUAGCAAACAUCAGAAUCCAGUCUGGGUUGUGAGUGGACUUUGCUGUAUGUAUUCUUUAGUUUACGAGGCCAACAGUUCAGAAAACAUUUUUUAUUUCAUGUAAGGGUUCUGGGUUUGGGUCCUCUGUGCUGAUAACUCACUGUGUAAGCUUCUCUUGUCUUCUCACAUCAUGUUGUAGCUUCUCCAUGUUGUAGCUCAUUUAUUAGAAUUGU